AUGAUGUGCCCACCAACCUUCUUCGGUUCGUUUGCUCCCGCCCAGUUCUUCUUCCCAACGGAGAUGAUGUUCUCCAUGCCACAACUCUACCAACCAAUGCCAUUUGCCGUUCCAAUGAUGCCAUCUGAAUAUGAACCACAACCAAGUGGAUCCUAUAUUGAGGAAAAUAAGGAGAACGCGGCUCAGAACAAUUACAAGACCAGGCUCUGUAAAUUGUACAACUCGGGCAAGAGCACCUUCUGCCCCCAUGGAGCUGCCUGCAGGUUUGCCCAUGGGUUAGAGGAGCUCCGUUCAAACGGCACAGUCCCAGACCAAGAGGUAGCUAACAAAAGUUGCAAGACAAUCUUAUGUCGUAACUAUGCUCCUGGGGGUUCUGGUGAUUGUCCGUACAGACUGGCUUGUCAGUAUAUCCAUCCUAGUGAUGGGUUACUGUACAAGUUCUGUCAGGCCGAUACGCCCGAGUUCAAGGUGCUCAAGGGACAGCACCAGGAGGAGAUUCAGAAGCUUCACGCUCAAAGGAUAAUGAAUCAAAAGUUUCAACUGGAAGCUUCAAUCAACUGGAAGGUCCGGCAGUUCAACAGUGGUCAUCCAAAUGGAAGCGACUACCACGACAUACAUGGAAUGACGACGAUGGGGAUGAUCAGCUAUGUGUAG